UGCAAAACACCAUCGUGUUCGUGAGUGUUCGGACGCUACAGACAGAAGUUGGCACAUCAGCUCUACCAACUUCAGACGAGUCCCGUAACAUUUGUGGGGGUCGUACAGCCGUUCGGACACUACAGACAUUUUUGCAGCCAGAGCCUUGCUUCCGAGUGUCGUUGAUUAUGGUGUAGACGGAGCCCUUUCUCUGAGACAGCAGGAGAGAGCGCGGGGCAGCCAUGCUGACGUUGGCCAGUAAGCUGAAGAGGGACGAGGGGGUGAAGACUGGCCGGCCCCCUGGGGGCCCCUCCGACUCCUCUCACAGGGUCUCUAUCAGGGACCGACUGCUCAUCAAAGAAGUUGCAGAACUUGAAGCCAACCUCCCUAGUACGUGUAAAGCCAGCUUCCCUGAUGAGAACAAGCUACACCACUUUCAGCUGGCUGUCUCUCCAGAUGAAGGCUACUACCAGAGUGGAACGUUCCAUUUUGAAAUAGACGUCCCUGAAGCCUACAACAUGGUGCCUCCCAAAGUUAAAUGCCAGACCAGAAUAUGGCACCCCAACAUUGCCGAGACGGGGGAGAUCUGUUUGAGUUUGUUGCGGGAGCACUCUAUCGACGGCACGGGCUGGGCCCCUACCAGAACGUUAAAGGAUGUAGUCUGGGGAUUGAACUCCUUGUUUACCGAUCUACUUAACUUUGAUGACCCAUUGAACAUUGACGCGGCCGAGCAUCAUCUGCGUGAUAAGGAGGAUUUCCGGAAUAAGGUUCAGGAUUACAUCAAGCACUACGCCAGGUGAUGACUGCAUCAGCUGCGCCAGCUGCCUGCACCCCCCUCUCCCCCGUCUGUGACUGCGCAGCUGAACCCCGUCCCUAAUGUCUCAUCAACCAACUAAACGCUGCGCACCGCUGACACGCCCCGACUGCAAUAAGACGUCGCUGGAAGAAGAAAAGAUUAAACACGUUUUUUAAAAGUUUGAGGAGGGACUUGUUUAUUGUCGUGAGUUGACCAGAGUAAUCAUCCGUCACAACAGGGAUCGUCCAAUGACUGGGCUUCUCGUUGUGUCUGAGCCAAUCAGAGUGGGCGCCGGUGGCAGUGAGGACCCAGGAUUUAAUCAAUCCAGUUAUCUGUUAUUUAAGAAUCGGCGAAUCAAAGAGAAAGAUGAUCUGUUUGUGUUUCUCAGUUCUAGUGCCUGCCAUGUAUCUGUUGCAAAGAAAAUGCACGUGAGCGGACACACACACACACACACACACACAGAAUCCCUUCACGCACAAACAUACUCAACUAGCUACUCACAACACACAGCACUUGGCUGUACAUGCAAACACACAGCUGGAUAAACGACAUAUCUGUUAUGUCACUCGUUCCUGCCCACCCCCAACUCACCAGACAGCAUGUGAAUGACAAGUGCCACCAACCCAGUCCCCAUUCUAGUCAGUCCCCAUUUGACCCAGUCAGUCUCCAUAUUGGAUAUGUCUGAAAAAACACCCUAAUAAUCCCAACCCUAUAGGCCCUGGUCAAAAGUAGUGAGUGCAUUAUAUAGGGCAGGGUUAUUCAACUCUGACCAUACGUGGGCCGAAGCCUGCUGGUUUUCUGCUCUACCUGAUCAUUAAUUUCAUCCACCUGAUGUCCCAGGUCUAAAUCACUCCUUGAUUAGAGGGUUAGAAUGGAGAAAGAGCAGUGGAGCUGGCUUGAAGGUCCAGAGUUCAAUACAAGGGACAUGGGGAAUAGGAAACCAUUUUAGACUCACCUCAGACACGCCAACUUCCUGUCUGUUCUGUUCACUCACCCAGAGGGGAAACACUAUGUACCAGUGCCCGAGACGCACUGUAACACUGUCUAGAUGAAGCUUCUAGGAAAGGUUGUACAACCACACUUGACCCUUGACCUUAGCUAACCCCAGGGGAAGCCAAACAGAGGACAUUCUGCCUCCGAAAGUCUCGUUUUCUCUCGCUCUCGUUUUUCAUCCCUCUAUCCUGCUGCUUUUCCCUCCACACCUCUUAGGCCCCACCCACCUCAUGUGUUCUCCUCUGCCCCCAUGAAGGUAGGGGGGAAUACCAGGGUGCUCUCCCUCUCCUAGGUUGUGUAUGAGUCCUCUGUUUAGUUGUCUAAGGGAGGGCCUGUGGUCUCGCUCUCUUCUAUGUCCUUGUGUGUCUGGCUGUCCCCCUGUGUGUGUGUGUGUGUGUGUGUGUGUGUGUGUGUGUGUGUGUGUGUGUGUUGCUUUGCCUGGGCUGGCUUUGUGCCUGUAUGUGUGCACAUUGGAACAUAACAUUCAGUGUCAUCACUGUAUUAAACAUUGUAUUUACGUUUCCAUGAGGCAAAGUGUAUGUGAUCAGGAGGUGGUGUAUUUUAGUGCGUGUGCGCGUGCUUUCAAAUGAACAAGGGUUCAGAUUUCACUUGUUAGCAUGCUCUGGUUCUUAGCCCCACACUCCUUGUUUUACUGGCCCAGCUAGCCAAGUUCCCUGUGAGGCUCAAGAGGGUCUGUCCCUCAGUUCAAAUCCUCCUUUGCUUUCUCAGAUUGUAUAUCAUUUUUUAAAGAUAUAUUAAAGAGGAUAUAAUAAGGAAAA